CCCGGAAAAGCAUAGACAGAAAAGUGGAGUAAUUUUAAUAGAAAAUUAGGGUUAGGGUUGAUAGGAAAAAGUAAAAAGCAUGGGCAUUGAGGAGGAAGAUUCAAUAGAGCAAGCUGCAGUUGCUCGUCGUGAGAGACUUAAUGCUCUCAAAGCUGCCCGUCAACUUCUCAACACUCCUGAUACUACUGAUAAUGCUGAUGACAAUGAUAAUAAUCCUAGCAUGAAGUUUCGAAAUUAUGUGCCUCAAGACAAGGAGCUUCAGGAAGCUAAGCUUGCUCCACCUGUGCUCCCCAAGUUUGAAGAUCCUAUUGCAGCUGCACCUCCGCCGUCGGAGAAUAAAGAGGAUCCGUUUCUCAACAUUGCUCCAAAGAAACCAAACUGGGAUCUAAGGAGGGAUGUGCAGAAGAAGCUUGAUAAGCUUGAAAGACGUUUUCAAAAGGCAACUUACAAACUUAUGGAGGAACAAGAAAGAGAAUCGCAGCUAAGCGAAGAUGGUCGAACAGCUUCAGAGGAUUAGUGGCAGCGGCCCUUUUAUUCACAUAUCAAGAUGGCAUGCUCCAGCCAAAGGUUGUAGUUUAGAGAGAGAACUAAUUGGCUUUGCUCGCACUGAAAAUUGCAUUCUGCUGCAGUGGAAGAGAUGUAUGUAAAUGUCCUAAUCGAAGUCCUUGGAUUUUGCAUUUCUUUUUCUCAUGUAUCUAUCUUAUCUUCAACUCUAUGCGCAUGCCGUGUGUGGUAUAAUUACAUUAAAUAUUUAAAAAUUGAAAAACUUAA